UAAUGAAUCGAACACGUAUAUGUCAAAAGUAAUAGCGAAAACAUCGGUCGAUUUGCAAUUUUUCUGCAGGAGAAAAAUAAAAGUGAAAAGUGAAUGAAAGUAACGACAUAAGUGUAUUUAUCAUCCGCAUAGAUGGCAUUUGAAGUCAUGGAGGAGAAUAAAUCUAUUUUACACGAAUUGUACGUAUAUUCCGAGUGGAAACCUGAACCGGAGUAUAUUCAAAAGCCUGAUAAUAUUUUACCAGAAAAUAUUUCAGCAUUAUGGAGGUGGUUAAAGUUUUUUGGACCCAAAAGAAGUUUAAUCGAUAGUGUCACUGCGCACAAAGAGAAGCAACAGAAAUGGCACAUAGCUCUUGGUGACGAAGGAAAAGUAAUUGCAGUGUUGACAGAUAAUAUACUAGAGAUCAGAACUAAGAGAUCUGAAUAUGCUACAAUAGCAGCUAGAACAACGGUGAACCGUGACCCGUAUUCCCAGUGGCGUAAGCUAGUGUGGAGUCCUGACUGCUCGUUUGUGGUGCUGGCUUAUGGCAAUGGUGUUGUCAGUUUCUUUGACUUGACCGCUUCAAAUCUCUUCAACAUUCCUAUUGAUUGUUCCCGUCCCGGUGGCCUGGAAUGUACGGACAACACUCAUGCAGUAGCUGACAUCAUUUUUAUGCCCCUUAGGGUCAAGGGCAACAAAUGGAACUGGGAGGUGGUGGUGGUCACGUUCGACGGCAAGCUGCGCGGGUACCUCGUGUCGCAGACGGAGGGCUGCAAGCUGCACCACACAUUCCGUUUCGCGGGCGGCGUGUCCGCGCUCGCGUACAGCGCGUGUCAUCAGACCCUGUACGUGGCUGGACUGCCGCGAGGGAAGGCAAAGGACCCAACGUCGCCCCUGAGCGCGGGUGUGACCGCGUGGCGCAUCGUGAACGACGAGCCGUUCUACACGCUGUCCGUGGUGUGCGACCAGCUCGACGCACAGCUCGCGAACGAACGCUUCCAGCUGUACAUACCCUUCCUCACUAAUAAGAACUUGGCAUUCAUAGUGCAAAUGCAGCUGUCUACCGACGGGUGUCGACUGGCGUGCCUGCACUGCAGCGGCGAGGUGUCGGUGUGGCGCCUGCCGCUGCUGCGGGCGGAGAGGCGCUGGCCCCUCGCCACACAACCCCAACACAACCUGCGCAACCCGCUGCUCACCACCGACAACGCCAACAAGGACCCCACUCUCUUCUACGCGGCUGAUGUUAACUGGUGGACGCCUGAGGAAAUUAUCCUGUCGCGGUUCAGCGGCGCAGUGUCGGUGUGCAACAUAGCCGAUAUGGUCAACAUCCUCGGCAAGCAGCCGGAGUUCUUCCAGGGAACGCCCCGGAUCACUUGCGCACACGAGGGUACUUUCAUGGUGCUGGAGUGCGAGUCCAACGUGCUGCCGGCCAAGAAGUCACGCAGCGACGAAAGCAUGGAAGUGGUGAACAUCGAAGCUGACACUGAGGAUUCCAUGCUGGAGCUGACGAAGGAGUUGUUCAAGACGGUGCUGUACGCCAUCACCGACAUAGAGACCUUCCAGCCGAAGCCGAAGCGCAUCACUGUGGUCUCCAGGGUCUACAGACUGCUAGGGGUCAAGAGCACCACGCCGACGGAGCUGUUCUCUCGAAAAAUUGAGAGCGGCAACUAUUCAGAAGCCUUGACCCUGGCUGAACGAUUCAACCUGGACAGCGAUCUGGUGUACCAGCAGCAAUGGAGGAAGAACCCAGUGUCCACAGAAGCGAUACAGAAAUAUUUGAGCAAAGUGUCGAAGAAAAUCUGGGCAGUACAUCAGUGCGUGGAUCGGCUGCCGGAGACGCUGCCCGCCGCCAAGGAGCUGCUGCAGUUCGGACUCGAGCUCACCAAUGAGAAGAUCAUGAACGAGAUCAAUAAGGAGGCGGAGGAGCCGCUGACGGACCCCGAGGAGAUCACGCCGGAGCACCUCAACGCGUACACGAGCGAGUUGCUGCGGUGUCGGCAUGUCAUGCUGUUUUACAAGGAACGGCUCACUUUGUAUGAGUCCAUAUUGCGCUGUGAGAAGUCAAAGUACGUAAAAGACGAGUACGACCGCCUGCGAAGUAACAGCAUUGUGCACAGCGCCAUAGAGAUCGCAAAGGAGGGCCGCAUCGAGGCGCUCACGUGUCUGUGGCCACACAUCAAGACAACUGCGUUGCAACUCACUGUACUAGACAUGCUGCCAGAGACAAUCAACCCCAUAGACUAUCAGCAUUUACUGCCUACAAAGCAGCCGUGGCAGUGGUUCGAGACCAAGUCGCCCAUCAAAGUGCCGCCGUCGAAGUACGAGCAUGAUUGGUGCAGGAAGAAGAUAUUCAAAUCGAUCUGGAGUUCUAACUGGUCGGAAGACACGGCGGAGACGGAGGGCAUCGAAGCGAUCGCCGCCAUCGCUUUGGAAGGGGCCGCCGCAGCCGCGGAGGAGGACGGGAGCGGCGCGGGCGCGGUGCGGUCGAGCGCGGAGGCGGUGGCGGCGUGGGGCGGCGCGGACGUGGCGGCGUGGUACGCGCGGCGCGCGCGCGCGCUGGAGGCGCGCUCGGGGCUGGUGUCGCACGCGCUGGCGCUGGCCACGCUGGCGGCGCUGGGCGGCGCCGUGCCGGGGCUGGAGCGCCUGCUGUUCCACCUGCUGACGCUGGACACGCUGCUGUACGACAUCAACCUCGAGGGCGUCACGCUCGACCAGCUGGAGAACCUCUCCGCGCUCGACACCUGCAAACUACUCAUGAAAAUGUCGACCCCGGCCACGUUCGUCGCGGACCUGAAGCUGUUCGUGAUCCCGUUCCUGAAGCGGUACGAGCAGCUGAUGAAACGCACCGACACCUGCCUGCACGGACUCAUCGACUACCUCGAGAGCAUCAGCGUCGACGACUUGUCUUCGAUAUUAUUGGUGCUACAAUCCCCGAGCGAGUUCGAGCUGGACGUGAGGACGCACCUCGAGUUGGCGGAGCGCUGUCUGUUCGCGCACACCGGCACCGACCAGCUCGACAAGGCUUGCGACUUACUUGAUACCAUAUUGAAAGAAACUGACGGCAGCAUCUCGGGCAGCGAGCUGGUGCGGCGCGUGAAGGAGGUGGAGCGGCUGGUGUCGGCGAGCAGCCGCCUGGCGUGGCGCGGCGUGCGCGUGGCGCCGCGCGAGCUGCGCGACGUGCGCGCCGACGCGCGCCACGCGCACAGCCUGCUCACCAGGAUGGCCAGGCAUCUCAGCAAGGAAGAUGAAAAACCAACACAACAGGACUGGGAAAAGCUAUUGAAAGACCUCCUCGAAUUGCAAUCUACGAUAUUCAACUGCAUCACUAAAGAGCAGUGUUAUGAGAUCUAUGCGUCGGCGCUGCUGACGUCAGGCGUGGCGUCAAGCAUCAAGCUGGCAGGAGAAGUCCUGAUGUGUGAGCAAGGCGUCCGACGCAGCAAUCAGCUCGUUAACUACGAGCGCAGCGUCGAACUCGUCUCCAACGCCGCCAAGGAGUACUUCAAUUCGGCCUCUGCCCUCGACGAUCCCACACUAGAAUUGGCUAGAUGCUGUUUGAGUUUAAUAAAAGAUGGGAAUCCUGAAAUUCAAAAGGAAAUGGAUCUCAUCUCAGCGCUUCAUUUGUUAAGUUCAUUUAACUUAACGCUGCUGCCUAUUCAAGUUCGCUUGUGUGAGGAUAGGAUGAUAUUGAUCGACGAGUGUCUGAAGUUGGACCCAAAGGCAUACAUGGCUAGUGCGAAACUGCUUAAACUCGCCGAGCUUUUGAGGAUUGCUGGAGAUGACGCUAAGACACGGGAGGGCUCGGUGGUGGUGCGCGCGGGCUGGGCGGCGGUGCGCGCGGCGCCGGCGGGCUGGGCGGCGGCGGCGGCGCUGGCGCGGCAGGCGGCGGCGCUGCGCCACGGCGCGGGCGCGGAGCUCAUGGCGCGCGUGGCGCACGACGCGCCGCACGCGCCCGCCGCCGAGCGCCGCGCGCUCGCCGAGGCCGCCGUGGCCGCCUGCGCGCCCGCCGACAUCGAGGACCUGCUGCGCACCAGAUUAAACAUCGAGCUGGAGAUGCUCCAACAGAUGGGUGUGAACAUGAAGGAAAACAACCACCUCGCCGACCGAGCGCCCUCCACUGACGAUGAGUUUGCCGACGCUGUGACUACGCCGGUCAUCGAAAAGAAAGACCUGGUGGCACCUCCAUCUGAUAACAAAAUGCCUUUCUUCAACUAUCUGCUAGACAAGUUUCAGAACAAACCGUCCACAAAUACCGACACGAAGCUAGUUCCAGCCGAGAGCAAGGACCGUCGCGUGCGAUGCCAGGAGUUCUACCACUCUCUGUACAAGGAGCAUGAGGUCUCGGAGGAGCAUUACCGAUACAACCGGUUCUCGCUACCGGGCGGCGACGCGCCGUCCGUCGGCCGCGCCGCUCUCAACUGGUUCUACGUGCACAACUGCUUGGAAGACGGUGCUGAUAGGGACCUUGAAGCUGAUGUGGUGCGGCUGUGCGCGGAGGAGUGCGUGCACGUGGACACGGCGCUGUGCGUGUGCUGCGUGUGGUGCGCGGUGCGGGGCGGCGGCGGCGGCGGGGGCGGGCGCGCGGCGGUGGCGGCGCUGGUGUCGCGCGCGUGCUCCACGGCCGCGCUGUGCGCCGCACUGUACGCCGCGCUGCUGCGCUGCAACGCGCCCGAGCUGCGCGACCACGUGUAUCUCGCGCCGCCCGUGCAGUUGGCGCGCACGACGCUGAAACAAAACAACGGUUCGGAGGAGCAGCUGCAGAUCAUCCGCGACUGCAUCGACCGGCUGACGAGCAUCGGCGAGGUGGCCACCAUAAAGAACUUCGGCCUCAAUGUGAACGCGCUGCUGUUCAGUGUCGACGAGGAUUAUAGGCGCGAGAUUGUUUAUCGACUUGCCAGGUCGAGCGACAAGGAGCAGGUGUCGCUGGCGCUGUCGCUGGGCGCCAAGUACGCGCUGGACGUGACUGACGUGUGGCUCCAGCACGCCGCCGCCGGCCUCACGCGCGCCCCGCUCGCACUCGCGCCCCACCCGCCGCACCACGCGCACGCGCACGACACGCACCGGCGUAUCCGCGAGGCGCUGUGGCCGGAGCUGCGCGGCACGGACCACAACGCUCUGAUCAACUACUUCACGUUGCUGCGCAGCGUGGACGACAAGCCGCUCAUGUUCGGCCUCUCCGCCGCCGAACACAUCAAGCUCCUCAAGAAGGCCAAGGCCGCGUCCCCAGAGUUGGACUACAAGUUCCUGCUGGAGCAGUCGUCCCCGGAGCAGUUCACGCGGCGCCUGGUGGAGACGCUGCGUCCGGAGAACGCGGGCAUGGUGACGAAGUUCCUGCGCACGCUGCCGCCCGCCUUCAAAAUACCCGUGUCCGUCAACACGCUCUACACCAAGUGGCUCACCAAGUACUUCUUCAGUGUGUCCCCCGCGAACGCGACAAGUAAGAAGUGGAUGCAGCAGUACCGGCAGUGCGCAAGCUACUUCAACAAGCUGUCCAAGGAGGAUCUGCUGCAGUUCGUCGCCGACACCUGCUUUACUGACGACGCUGUGCAGCGCGUCCCGGCCGGCACACGCAACCUGAUGAUAAUGCAAGCCGUGGAUUACUGCCAGCAAGAACAGGAAAACGACUUCAAGAAUACCAAAAAUGAGCAAACUUGGGCGCAUGUGGGCCAAGAGCUGACUCGUUGGGCGCGCUUCCUGGAGAACUUCCACUCGUCCACCGUGCAGAACAUUAUCGAUAAUAGCAACAUCCCGCGCGACGAGAUAUGGCCUGAGAUCGAGAAGAGUCACGGGUGCCCGGAGACACUAUCGCGGUGUGUGGCGCGCGUGUUGCUGCGCGGCGGUGGUGGUGGUGGUGGUGGUGGUGACGGCGGCGGCGUGGCGGCGCUGCGCUCGCUGCUGCAGUGCCUGCACGCGCCACACCAUCUACCCACCGUGCUGGCCCUCGCCGCCGAGGAAUGUCGCGACCUCAUGGAGGUGCAGACCCUGGUGUCGCGGCUGACGCAGCUGCACAAGGAGGGCGUGAAGGUGCCGGAGGAGGUGAUCUCGGCGGCGCUGGCGCGGUGCGCGGAGCACGGCGUGGCGCCGCACAAGCAGAUGUCGCUGCUGGCGCUGAGCGAGCGCGGCCGCCACCCGCACGCCGCCGACGCGCUCAAGGUCGCGCAGUUCAGCGUGCACCUCUUCCGAGCCGAGUGGCCCGGGGCGGCGCCUCUGCAGCAACUCGACGAAUCGCAGUUACUGAUAGACGAGGGCAGGCGUGAAGUAUUCAUGCAGUUCCUGAAGAUCUCCGACACGUGGCAACAGAAGAAGGCGCUGGUAGACGUGCUCAACUGCUGGCCACCAACCAUGAUUAGUGAGACCCGCAGCUUGCACGGCGAGUUCUUACACGCGCUGCUCACAGACACCACCGACCACAAGGGCAGCCUCGUGCUCAUCAAACUACUCAUGAGGCGACCCGCGCUAGUCGAAGAGGAAGUAAUAUGGCUGGUCGAGAACGUGUCCGGCGACGCAGUCGUUAAUGCUCUCUGGAUCGUACUGAUGAGUAAAAUAGAUCAUUCCAAUGAACAAAUACUGAAGCUAGUCAUGAAACAUAAGGAUACAAUAGGUAAGCUAGAGAUAGAAGAUGAUUUGAUCAAAGAGUUACUGGACAAUGAGUUGUUUAUUAAACUGGUGCAAACUCCAUUGUAUGCCAGUAUUAUAAGCUAUAUCAUAGAAAAGGAGUCGUCGAGCGAACCUGGACCGUACACCAUAAAAUGGGCUACGGAUAAACUGCUAAGAGCAAAUUAUUUAGCCGAGGCUGGGCACCUCAACUUAAUGUCUAUGGGUAUCCCGGCGCCUCUGCGCGGUUUUACUCAAUGUACUAUGUAUUCCAAAAAUGUAUUGAAUAAGAAGUAAAUCCAUAAUGUAAUCAAUCAAUGUGCAAGCUAUUAAAUUAUUUAUGUGAA